AUGGGAAAUUGUUUGAGACAUGAAUCAUCCAAUAUGGUAUGGGCAAGUAGAGAUGACUUAGAACCUGUGUCACCUACAGGGAAUGAAAGUCUGCUGGGAAUUAAUACUAAUAAUAGUAAGAGGGGGAUGAAAAUCAGAAUAACAAAGAAGGAGCUGGAGGAAAUGCUAGGAAGAGUGAACAUGCAGAUGCAGGGCGUGACGGUGGACCAAGUCUUAUCUGCAAUGUUGAUGAAUUCCAAGGCUGAUGGCUCUCAUCAUAAUAUUCAGCGUAAACAGUUCUCAUCAUGGCGUCCCCGUCUUCAAAGAAUACCCGAGGUUUAUUAG